AGCCUUUUUUGUAGGGACCACUCCAAGUUUCGGUUUCAGAGAGCAACGAAACGGCCAACCGGGAGUGUAAACAAAGUGGUCACGUGUUCGCAAAAAGCCAUGACGUAUGCUCUGACGCGCAGCCAGUGUGCGGCGCGCCGGCACGCGAGCUUCGUGUUGCUAGUCGUCUGCUACGCCUGCACGUGGUUUGCCAUGUCCUCGCCAUCAUCGUCGUCGUCGUCCUCGUUUUCGUCGUCCAGCGGCGACGAUUUCCUGCAUGCGGGAGUCGCGGCCGUAUUAGACGUGGCCAAUCACUUUCAAUUUGACCCACUGGAGAGCAGCGACUCGGAUAUUGCGGCCGGCGACGGCGAGGACGAACCUCAACAAAACCUUCGCAUCGGCCACGUUCAAUGGUGCCAAUGUGGACACUGCAGGGCAAUGGAGACGCAGCCCGAGUCGGUGUGCUGCACAGAGCUUGACCGUGUGGACGCACUCCGGGGCAACGAGGCGUGCAUCACAAGCCACCCCACCUGUGUUCAGGCUUACCUGAACGUGCAUGCCCUUGAAGUGGCGUAUUACGCCCUCAUGGAAGACCGCCCGGCGCUUGUAGAGGCCCCGGAAAUUCACAGGCGGUACAGAUACACCGCAUACCGCCAAUUUGCACGGUGGGUGUGGCAUCGACUAGGACGGGGCAACAGGAAGGUGCUGCCCAGCUGUGUCAUUGCUGCUGUGAGGGACGCCUUCCCAUCUGAGAUGUACACAGGAUUUAAAUAUCCAGAUUAUUAAA